UGACAAAUUGACCUGUCAAACACGAUUGAACUUGUUUUUAUCUGUGCUCAAAAAUGCGACGAAAAGCGUCAAAUCGUCAAUAAAAUAGAAUCCACGUUUUAUCAGCAUAAACUCAAUUUUAGUGUACAAAAUACUAAAAUGUUAAAUCAUUGAGUCAAACACUGCAUUUCUCUGUGCUACCGAUAAGAUUUAAUGUCGAUUGUGUUCAUUGUAAACUAACCAAAAAUGGCAAGGUCGCCGAAGGAUGAUCCAAGAUACAAUGAUGUGAAGCAUAAUACAUGGAAUUAUCACGCGGAAAAUGCCGCAAACUGUCCGCCGGGCGGGUCUGGUGAGAGAAAUCCGCCCCCGAUCUCGCCGAGUCCUUCAGUCAUGAAUGACAACAGUAUGUACGUAAAUGCGAACUUCGGCAACGAUGUUUAUAUGAACAAACACGUAUACAGCCCGCAGAGCUCCGAGACCGAGGACAAAAUGUUUAACAACAUGCCUAACGCUCCUCGCAAUCAGAAUUUCGGAAAUGCCAUGCUCAAUCUGGGUAAUGGCCAAGUGGUGCCCGUGUUUUACGACGAAAAUAACAAGCAGUUGAUUUUCCCUAUGUCCGGCCAGUAUGAACUGUUCAACCACAACCAGGGCCUGUGCGACAUGUCACUCCCUCAACCUCCACUGUUCACUUUGAACCAGGAUUAUUCUGUCAACAAUAAUGUGCAUGUCCCUCCUUCUGCUACUGUCAAUCAAAAUAAUGCAUACCAAGAGAACCAUACCCAACCAACAUCAAAUUUCUUGAAAGAUCUGUUAGGAAACUUAGAACCCAACUCCAGUGGAACAUAUUCUCCAUUUGGUCAAAACUACCCUCUAAACCAUCCAGAUGCCUCGAAUCUUAACAUGCAUUUGAAUCCUAUACUAGAUCAGAAAUGUCAACCAAUGAAGCCAGAAAACUCGCCUAAAAGAAAUGAAACCAGUCCAUUGGCAGACACCAGUAAUAAAAAGCGUAUUGUGGCAGAAGUGAAGCCAAUGCGCCCAACUUACUCUGACGUUUUAGCUAAGAAUACAAAAAACACUACUCCUUCAGAUAAUAUUCGUAGGGCAAAGCCUCAGAACAUUGAAACCAAACCUUUAAACAAUAAAGCUAAUUUAAAACCUGAGAAACUUGUUUGUAAUGUAAAACAAAAUGAUGAAAACAAGCAAAAGAAUGAGAGAAAACAACACACCAACACCAUAUCUUCUGGGAGCGAGUCAGGGGAUAUAAACACAGAUGAGAUGGAGAAGCGCCCCAAACCGAACAAACGAUCAAAGAACAAACACAACAACAUUUCCCGCAAGUGGUCUUCUCUUGAUGAUAUCACUAAUGAAGAAGACAUUUCAUACAAGCAUGACAAUGAUAGUCAGUUUGUGUUUAUCGAGGAACAAGAGAAACCAUUGAAAAAAGAGAAGAAAUGUGAUGCAAAUAAAAACAAACAUGCAGACAAAAAUGAGUCUGAGGACAAUUUUAAAGUAGAAGAAGAGGAGGAAGAAACAUCAUUUAUAUUUCAGGAAACGCAGAAUGAAUGCACUAAGUCUAAGAAGAAGAAAGAUGGGAGAAGUUACCAUAAAGCUCCCAAGCCUGUGCAGGACAAAAAGAAGGGCAACCAGUUCAAAUUCAGGAGGAAUAAGCCUGGCUACUUGGGAUUGGCUCAGAACUAUAUGGAACACUGGGGUGGGGCCACAUGGAAGGCUAUUGUGUGGUUCAUAUAUCUUCUGUCUGACAUCUGCCGCAUGAGUCUCCAUUUAUCUUUUGACCUAUGCACCUCAAUGUUUACUCAAACUUACGUGAGCUCCCAAGCGAUAUGGCGCAGCAGCAAGGACUGGAUGACCAAGCUGGGCGAUAAUAAAUACUUGCUGUACAUCGACAGGAAGUUUGGUCACACGCGCUUCGGAUUUUGGAGGAAAUUCAAAUGGUUUAAGAAAGAAACGGAUACGGAUAGUGGAAAUGAUUCGACCAAGUUGAAUGCAAACAUACCACUGCCUGCUACCGGCGAAGAUGCUAUGAAACGAUUGCUCGCGUGCAAAGGAAAAGAUCCCUACAGUAUUCUAGGCGUGAGUGUGACUUGCACGGAUGAGGAGAUCAAACGGUACUACAGACGGCAGGCGUUCCUCGUGCACCCCGACAAGAACCAGCAGCCCGGCGCCGAAGAGGCGUUCAAAAUACUGCAGCAUGCUUUCGAACACAUUGGUGAACCGGAGCGGCGCGAGGCGUACGAGCGGCGCGCGGCGGAGUCGCGGCACGCGGAGGCGGCGUGGGGCGAGCUCAGCGUACUGCUCGCGCAGCUGCACGACAAAAUGGAGUUCGCCGCCAACACCAUACGAUGCACGAACUGCGGCCGCCGCCACAAGCGCGUGUUGACGGACAGGCCGUGCUACGCGGCACGAUACUGCGUACAGUGCAAAAUACGACACUCAGCCAAAGAGGGCGACAUCUGGGCGGAGUCCAGUAUGAUGGGCCUGCUGGUGAUGUACUACGCGUGCAUGGACGGCGCCGUCUACCAGAUCACGCAGUGGGCCAGCUGUCAGAAAAAGAAUCUAAAACAGUUGAGGCCGGACUGUCACGUGGUGCAGUACCGCAUCGUGCUCGGGAACAAGACGGCCGCCGCCGCCGACAUCAACCAGCGACCCUCUACCGGUCACGAUCCCAAUCUGGAAGAGUUUCUGAACAACCUGUACAGCAAGACCGGCGUGUCUCCGUGUAGCUCGUCCAAGCCGCCCGAAGCCGACGCCAAGAAACGACGCAAUAAAAAACCUAAAGCUUAGACCUCGUCCUGCCUCUUAUAAACUAAUAACCCCUCCUCUAAAUUAAUUGUCGAUAUCGAUAAGCGCGAAAUUUGAAAAUGGAACGUUGCGUGUUGUACUAAAACCGAUACUAUAAUUCUUUUCUUUUUUUUCCGAUUCCUGAUAAAUUGUGAACAAAGUUUCAAUAGCAAAUGAAUUGAAUCAAGGAAUUCUUGAAUAUUUUGUUGUGCCCGUAGGUUUAGAUGUUAAUUUGACGUUAUUUUUAUUCUAUCGAAAUUAUGUUUUGAAUAGUUGUAAUCGAUUGACUAAACAUUAUUUAUACAUAAUUUAAUUAAUAUUUUAUAUUAAUUAAAAAUAUCGAUUGACGUAAGUCCGCCAUGACGCGAAUGAAUUAGAUGGUAAUGAAUAAAUGUCACGUAAGUACGAAAAUGUAAAAUAUUUUCAUUAUAAUGGUUUAAGAAUUUAAAAUUCAAUCCAACUACCUGUUUGUGUGCUUGCACCAAGUUAGUAUAUAAAAUUUGCAAUAUAUUUUUAGGAAGAUACCUUACUGGAAUAUUAUGAAUUUCUUUACUUUCACUGUUGAAUCAUUCACUAAGAAAUAUCACGCGAUUGUGAUAAACAUCAUGACAAAAUCUUAUAGUAUUUAUGCAAUAUAACAUUGAAAGGAAUCUACAUUUGGCCCCCGAGCCCCGUAACUUAUUCAUUAUUAACAAUUUGACAGCGCAUGUGCUAAUCUGAGAUUAUGUUGAUAUAGGUUAAAACAGGCGUCCACUAGCGAAACUACGACCAAAUUAUGCAAAACCUAAAAAAAAAUAUUAUUUAUCAUUGAACAAAUCAAUCUAAGUUAAAAUAGUUUUUCAUUAACAAAAUCAAAAUUUGCAAAUACUUGUGAUUUUUUAAUCAAUGGGAUUAUAUUUAAAUAAUUUGAUCUCCAUUUUCGCAACAUCCUGUGUAAUAAAUCUGACAUGUAAACUGCAUUGUACAUAAGUACUAAUAAUAAGUUAUUGUACUAUUUUUAUAACCAUAGGCAGUAGGUAAUCAAUCAUAAAUUCAUAAUCAAACCAUAGGCAGUAGGUAAUCAAUCAUAAAUUCAUAAUCACACGUAACUUCGCUAGUGGAUGUCAUAGUUAAUUUUACGAUUUGAGUCAUUAGGUGUAAAUCUACUUCCCAAGUUUACAUUGAAUUCAUUACAAAUGUCGACUUAGACAAUGUGGCGAAUAUACUUGUACUAGAAACCGGGUAAUAUGCACGAGUGGUGACACAAAGUCUGGUAAAUAAGCAGCAAAGUUACAUCAUAACUGGGGCUGAAACUAAGAAGCUUUUCUAUAAUCGUUAACGCCAAUAGAAAACAAAAUAUGUUAGGAAUGGUUUAUUCAAGCAACACUUAUUUCUAGAAUACUUAAUUUCUACAUUCGUGGCUAUGACCUUUGAUACAAUUGGAGUGCAGUUGAUUUAACUUAAUUUACUGGUGGUAGUUCUCUCAUAUGUGAGAGUCGGCCUGGGUAGGUACCACCGCCUAUCUAUUUCUGCCGCCAAGCAGCAGUGUACAGUCACUGUUGUGUUCCAGUUUAAAGGACAUUGUAACCAAUGUAACUACUGGACAUAAUAAGACUUAACAUAUCAUGUCUGAGGAUGGCGAGCGCAGUGGAAUACCAAACAUUACUUUGUAAUUCAAUGUGUUGGUUGGUGUUUCUACUGUUUAUGGACAUACUCCUAGUAGUUAUCUACAAGGACUACUUGUUAACAUUGUCAAAAUCUCUAAUAAAUUCAUACCACCAUAGAUGACCAGAACUACAUAUUACAACUGCCUCGGUGGAUAGUGGUAUUACGGUACGACUGCUGUGCUGAGAUGGGGUUCGAUCCCCAUGUCAGGCGAAGUGAUAUCGAUCCUGCUUAGUAUCAGUCUGGAAAUUGGUGAUAGGACGACAUGACGUCAUCGGAAGUUACAAGGUGUGCGAAAGAGUGAGAUGGGACGAUAUCCCCUCUACACGCCCAUUCCUGCACAUACAAUAUUUGAAUUAUGGAUUACUGCUUCAUUUCUUACUCAAUAUUGAUGCGGUUUUCACUAAGUCCUUUUUUUUGUAUUAUUUGCUGUAACAUCAUACCUACAUAGUAAAAUACCCUAUUGUUCUCAACGAUUUACUCCUGUGUGUCAUUUCAGAAUGAGUGAUGUUUUUUUAUGGAGUUAUAUAAUUUAUUCUAGAAACUCAAGCCUAUUUUUACCGCCUUCACGAAAAUGAUCAAUUCAAUCUGUAUUUUUUAUCAUGCCAUAAAUUUAAAAGUAUGAUUUGGUCGAAAUAACAGCACGCGUGCAUAUAAUCCGGUACCUAGUUACGAAACGUAUUUUUAAAGUUGUAGCUUGUUUGCUUUUUCUUUAGCAUCCGUGAUUAUAGACAAAUUGGUUAAUGCAAUUUAUUUUUUAAUGUAUGUGUAAGCAUUUAUAAUGGUUCGUUGUUUUACCGUACAUACGAUUUUACAAGUACAUCAUACUGCCAGUUGUGUUAGCAAUGGACUUAACAAAAUAUUAAAAAAAAAGUGUUCCUGUCAUUAUGUGAACAUACUGCACAAGUAUCUACACUUGCUAAAGUAAUCCAUGCAGUAUUUUCUAAGGACUUUGAACAGAAUAACUUGAAUCGUAAAAAUGUCUACACAUACCAGCGUACAAAAAUUAAACCAUAACGAGUUAACAAGACGAGCGACGAGGAAUGUCGAUGAAAAUCUUUACUUUUAAUAUUAAAAAUAACGUUUGUUCCUUAAUUUGAAUUAUAGAUGUUACUGUUUAUUUUUAUUUGUUACGAAUUACCGACACGCUAUGAGUCGACAAUCAUUAUCAUAAACUUCUAAUUGAUGUAAUUCUCUUUAGUAAAUAAAUGUGAAAGUAAAAUGUGCAAUCCCAAAUUAAAACCUGUUUUAGUGAUGUGGUUAACUGCCGAUAUUUAAUAAAUACAUUAUCGAUAAUUAUCAAGAUAUCGAUUCUUAAAUGAACCAAUCAAUGCGUGAGUGUUAUGAUUCAUUAUUCGAAAUGGUCCAUUUUCCGAUCGAUCUAGAGAUAGCUAUCGGAAAUGUAUCGGCCGUAUGUUCUGUGCGUGAUUGCGUUGUCGACUUGUAGUUACCGCACUACAAUUCACUGCCUGUACAAGAGAUUAUCGAUGUUAGGCUAGUGGCGGCGAGAAUGCUGCCCAGAUAUUCGCUGUGCGUAGGCCUUCGCGCUUCAUGUGUCAAUAAAUAUGUGGAAACGCAAACAAA